AACGUCACCAACCAUCCCUCCGAAACUAACAACAUGGAGUCCGGUGUUUAGAGUGCAAAGGCGGUCGGUCUUCACCGGGAGCUCCACCGCGGCGCUGCUUUUCUCGGUGUCCGCGAAUGCAGGCGGCGACGCUCCGGCACGCAUAAAGCGCGACGCACACAUGCUUUACAUGAGCCCGAGCCGUCGAGCCUCUUGAAUGCAUUUAGGACACGAACAGAGCGAUGUGAUUGGACGCAGGAGAUUCCCAAAGACAGGCCGCUUUCCAAAUGGAAUCGCUCUUCAUAAUGUAGGACAGGAGAGGAGAACUGCAGCUGCACACAAACCCUUGCACCGGGGACCAUGGAGCCCGAGGACGAUCUCUCAACUGGGGACCCACAAGAUCUGAUGUCCAGCCAAGCUCUACUGCCUUCAACAUCCACAUCCCUACUAAACUGCUCCUUCCUGGGGGAGUUACUGAAUUGUGACGACAUUGAGAAGGGUGAUGGAAGUGGGGAUCCAGAAGGUCCAAACUGCUUUUUCACCACACUGGAGAAUUGUGACAAAACCCAGAAAAAUCUACGAUCUUCAGCCUUCCCCUCAUCUCUCACAUGGGACUCGGACUCAGAGAAAGAAAUCUUGGAUGAGGAAGAUCUUCAGCACUUUUCUAACCCUCAUGGUCUGGCUGCUCACAGCCCGGGAUGUCCCACCUCUGGACAACAUCAAGAAAGAUUUGAUUCUGAUCUGUGCCAAGAACCUGUGGAAACCGAGCACUUAUUUCUUGAGAAGGUCCCACUUGCACCUCUGGAGGUGGAGAAUCAAGAUGAUGUUACAUGCAAGGAGCCAAGAUCUUCAGACUCCAGCCUACUGAAACAUACAGCAAAACGUAAAAUAAAAACUUUGAUGGAACAAGACAAAGUAAGCAGCCUACCAGGUACUAUGCCAAAAAAGGUUUGCCAAAAGGAAGACAAAGAUAAGCGGAAAGUGCUUAAUCGUAAAGGGCAGGAAGAGGAAGAGAAGAGCACCAAAGAGGCAGAUGUGUACACCUUUCCUGGAGACUCUGAGCCAGAGAGUCCACCACCUGGACCUUGGGCACAUUGCACCUUCAUCCAGCGGAGAAGGAAAAAGAGGGCCAUACUACGGCCUUUCUCUGGCUUGGGCAACUGUCAACAAACUACAGGAACUGGCAAAAGAACACGAGGAAGACCCCCUGGUAAAGGGCGCAACAAAACCACAAAAGAUCGACAGGCAAUGCUCGAAUUUACAGAAGAAAAAACAGAAAAGGUACGGAGAAGGCAGAAGGCAGUAGUAGAACAACCACCUGAUGGAAGCCUUUCCCAAGAUAUUUUUACAUGUGUAGAAUGUAGCAUUUACUUCAAAAAGCGUACCCAUCUUUGGGAACACAUGCAAGAGCAUGGUCAGGUCAAUAGAUCUGGGCAAAAAUGGCAAAGUGGAGAAAAAGAAGCUUGGAGCGGACAUCUUAACAAAAAAGCUUUUGAAUGUAUAGAGUGCGGUCAAGAGUUUUUAGACAAGGUACUGCUGCUAGAUCAUAACCAACGCCAUGAGGAUUCUCGGCAGAAAAUUCUUGAAGAGAUUGGUAAAUUAAGUGAGGGGGACAAGCGUGUGGCAGAGCAAGCCAGCUGCAGUAAUGCAUUGGAGCCAGUCAUCCAAGAGCCAGCAAAGGUCAGUGGUGGCCAGUUGGUUUGUCUUAAGUGCAACUUUAGCACUGAUGUGCCUCAAGAGCUUUCUGAGCAUGCCAAGACUCACACUACCCGCAAAAGAGCUGGUGUCUAUAGGACUUCACCCAGAUUCCAGCAAAGGUCCUGCAAGAAAGCACAGGUCCAGUCCUCUGCAGAUAUUACACCAACAGAUAACACUUCACCUCCAAACAAGAGAUACCCCAUCAGAGCAUCCAAAAAAAAUAAAGAAACUCAACCUAGCGUUGGCUCUUCACAGGACCCUUGUCAAAGUGCUUCCGCAGCCACAGGAAAAGAAGACACAGAUCAGCCUGUUAAAGCAAACUUGCAAGCAAAUACAGACUCUGCAGAGGAGUCAAGAAAAACAGAAGAGCCAACUGUGGAUAUUCCUAUUCAAGAGAAUGUUCUGGAACUUCAACAUCUCAUUUUACCAUCAUCAAAUCCAAGGACUGUUCCAAGGCGUAAGGAUGUGGCAUUUAAGAGCAUUGGGAACAAACGAGGCCGAGGUGGAAGGGGCCGCAGGAGAGGGAGUACAAGGCUGGAUUAUAGGUCCAACCUAAAUACUGGUGUAAAAACACAAGUCCAAAUUUCAAACCAGACUGAAUAUAUGGGCCAUAAAGAAGAUAAUCCCACAACAGAACCAGAGGAUGAUCAAACACAGGUCUCCAAAACAGGCAAGGAGUCACCUGCCACUGUGUUGAAUCUCAAAGCAAGUUCCUCCACACCAAAAAAGAGCAGCAAAAAACUGGUUGCUGAUGACGAGGAACCCAAGCUCAGAAAAGACAAAUCUAACAGUCCUGGGAAGAUUGAAGAAAACACAGCAGUUCCUGAAAAAAUAGUGAUGGAGGAAUAUGACGAUGAUGAAUAUGAAGACGAUGAAGAUGUUGUCAGUCGUCUAAUUGGUGCAUUAACUGAGGAAGAUGACGAUGAUGAUGAUGACAGAGAUGGGUUGUUGAAGAGUGUGGAAAGAAAGUGCCCUUAUUGUCCAGAUCGAUUCCACAAUGGCAUUGGACUAGCCAAUCACAUUAGGGGUCACCUGAACCGAGUGGGCGUGAGCUACAAUGUUAGGCACUUCAUCUCCCCAGAAGAAGUUAAUGCCAUCGAGAAGAAAUUCUCAUAUCAGAAAAAGAAGAAAAAAGUCGCCAACUUUGACCCAUCCACCUUCAGUGUAAUGCGAUGUGAGUUCUGCAGUGCCGGUUUUGACACCAGGGCUGGUCUCUCCAGUCACGCCCGAGCCCAUCUCAGAGACUUUGGCAUCACCAAUUGGGAAGUCACGGUAUCUCCCAUUAAUAUUCUCCGACAGCUUUUUGCCAAGCAUCCAAAUCUUGUUCUACCCACUGCCUCCACUCAUACUCUGCAGUCAAGUCCAGAGCAAAACUCUGACGAAGAGCAAGAGAGCAGAAAAGAUAUGAAGGAUGAGGACGACAUGACAGCAGAACCCGACACCUUUUCCUCCGUCUUUCUGAAACAGUGCUGGAAAGAAGAGCACGAUAUCAGUGAACCAGAGGGUGGGGAGGGGGCUGAGGAUGAUGAGGAGGAAGAUGAUGAUGAUGAAACCCAAAUGCCCCUUACAGAUAAGUUGUCCACAAGUCCAGGACACAAGACUCUGUUUUCUUUAGAUGAAGAGAGCCCUGAAUCCAAAGACACAGACCCCAGAGGCUCCAACCUGUUGAAAUGCAGUGUUUGUGGUGCUACCUUUGAGACACGUCGUGGUUUGUCUACCCAUUCCCGCUCUCACCUGCGGCAGCCGGGCAUGGGCAUGUCUGAGAACAGCAGAGCGCCAAUUGAUCUCCUCUACCAGGCUACCAAGCAUCAUUCCAGAGAUGCGCAAUCACCUACGAAGCGCAAACAGCACGUCCCUGUUGUUCCUGUACCUAGCCCCAUGAAAGACAUUGAAACUGAAGAAGGACUGUCGGACACAAAGCCUCCUGUCAUGUUCUCAGCUAUUAAAGUUUCCCCUUCUCCAACAACUCCAUCUACAGCUGGCUCCCUGCCUUCCUCUCCAUUUGUAAAGUCUCGGUCCCCUUCCCCCGUUCUAAGAAAGGCUCCCAUCUCUUCGCUGUUACCUGUGUCUUCCCCACUGCGAUCCCAGGAGCAUAAGAUCUUAGGAAAGAGCCAGUCUACAAACCCCUCCGGUCCGACCAAACCAUUCUGGGCACCACAGGACACGGACGCCCCAUUGAAUCUUACGAUGGACAUGGACUCUAAAGACAUUAUUUGCCAGUUGUGUGGCGCAUGGUUUGAAACAAGAAAAGGCCUCUCGAGUCAUGCUCGUGCUCAUUUGCGCCAUUUUGGAAUUGAGUACUCAGAAUCCAAGGGCUCCCCCAUUGACCUGCUCAACCGGUUCAUCUUAACUGAUGACUUUAAGCACAGAGCCAAUUCUUUUCUUUCUGAUGGUCCCGAAGACCUGAGGUCCCAGAAGACUAGCAUAACCUCCCUCUUACCCUCCACUUCGUCCUCUAAGAGGCCUCUUCCCUCCAGUCCUGUCCUAUACAAAACAGCAGCCUCCCCUUUGAAGACAACCAUUGGCUCCAAAGCUACCUCAUCCACCCACACCCUACUGGGCCCACCGAAGAAGAAGCUGAAACCCUCUGCUUUACAGGUCCUUCGUUUCAGUGAUGGAGAAAUGAUGUCCUUUCCUAUAGAGCCGUUGAAAGAUGUGAGCUGCGAGUUCUGUGGAGAACUUUUCGAGAAUCGCAAAGGCCUCUCCAGCCAUGCUCGAUCCCACCUGCGUCAGCUUGGGAUCACCGAAUGGUCUGUGAACGGGUCACCUAUUGACACUCUAAAAGAGAUUAUAGUACGCAGAGGCCUACCAACUAUCAUGCCUCUGAAGUCCCCCAAAUCCCCUUCUUCUCCAAGCCCAGGACUGCCUCGUCACAUGCUCCAGUCCUCUUCCCCGUCAGGGAAUAUUAUUGGCCGCUUGCCUUUUCACUUUGCCAAAACACCAAACCAUGACCAGCCUGCUAUUCACAAAAUGUCACCCUCAACAUCCACCACCAGUUCUCCGCCAAUAGUGGACCUGGUUAAACCAAAACCAGAGCCUGAAAUUGUGGAAGUUACCAUGAAAGGAUCAGACAUGGGAGCAGAUGAACACUACAGCCCCGAGCCACUACAUUCCAGUUUAAUCUCUUCAGAUAAUGUUUAUCCAGUCAACUUGGUUAUGACUCAGGAGAAGGAGCCUUCGCGUGAUAUUCGCUGUGAGUUCUGCGGUGAAUUCUUCGAGAACCGCAAGGGUUUAUCAAGCCAUGCGCGCUCACACUUGAGACACAUGGGAAUCACAGAGUGGUCCGUGAACGGCUCACCCAUCGACACGCUGUGGGAGGUCAUGAGGAGACAGGGCAGCACUCCUGCAUCGGUUGCUUUAGGCAUAAAGGAGGAACCAGGACAAGAUGGUAGGAUUUCAUUGAGCAGUCCAGGCUAUCAAACCUCUGCCCUGUCCCGAAAAUCACCUCUAAAUCUGCUCCACUCUGGUUCACGGCUGCAUAAGCACGGGCUGGGAAGCAUAGGCCUCUCCCCUGCUUUACCUGUGGGGAAACUUUUCGGAGUUCUUCCACUAAAGAAGAAGGUGCUAGUAGAGGAGAAACAUCCCGGAGAAAAGACUCUGCUUGUGCAAUCGAAAGACUUCUCGUCUCCCCCACAGGACUAUUCAUUUAAGGGUAAAACCUCAGCUGAGAAACAUGGAGUAGGCCAAAUGGAUCCCAGUUGUGAGCUCUGUGGAUUUUACUUUGAGAACCGGAAAGCAUUGGCCAGUCAUGCUCGAGCACAUUUAAGACAGUUUGGCGUGACCGAGUGGUGUGUGAAUGGUUCGCCUAUUGAGACGCUGAGCGCCUGGAUACGCAGCCGUCCACAGAAAGCAGCAGAGAUGCAGCAGAGUUAUGCGCAAGGAGUCCGCUAUGCCCAAAAGAAGAGGUGCAGUUCUGUCGUCUCACCAUCCUGUGACUCUGAUCCUACAACGCCUGUUUCCCAAAAGCCCACUGUUGCCAAAUGGGCGUCUCUCACUUUGCCUCAAAAGAGGGCAAUUGGACGGGAUGCUAACAGUUGUUCUUGGGGAUUGUCCUCACGGGGAGCGGAUGCAAAAAGCCGGAGUGCAAGUUCCACUCAGCAUGGCCUUAUUCCACAGCCUGCCGGUCAUCAUUCCAACAAUGCACUUCCACAUGCACAAGUGGCCCACAGUGAACUCAACGUGCGUUUGCCCCGAGGAUUCGAGAGACGGCCUCUUAAACACCCGUCACAUGCUGAAGGAGGGGAGGGAGAGAGCGGCCCCCCAAAGCCUCGCUCCAGUACCGUUCCAGCUCUUGUGCCAAAGCCCCCCUCCACCCCUCUGGUUAGACUUGUGGGUAAAAUUUACUCGCUCAAGUGCCGGUUCUGUGACGUGGAAUUUCACGGCCCUCUCUCGGUACAGGAGGACUGGAUCAGACACCUACAGCAGCACAUCCUCAACCUGAACUACAAGAAGACCGAACCACCCGCAAACGACUCUCCUGCCCAAAGCGACACUCCUGCGCCCAAACCCCAAGUCUCAGCUGCUACCUCCACGUCCACUGCAUCCACAAUCCCUGCCGCUGCCCCGUCCACACCGUCCCCCAAAUCCCCCACAGCUACACACGCUUCAGCCUCCACCCUCAGCCAAGCUUCCACAGCACCAUCACCUGCUAAUUAGGAUAGGAUGCCGUCAUCUCCAUCCCUAAUUUGUAAAGAUCAGUCAUCUUUGAAUAUCUGUCAUCAAAGGAAGAUUUUUACUGGGAAUGGUCUCAGAUAGCGACCCACUCACCCUGACCUACAUCGGGAGCAUCUGUUAUGAUUGAGGAGUGAGGUAGGUGUGUUGCCAUGACAGCUCUCCUCUGACUGAUCCUUAUUUAUGAACAGGAAAAGAGUUACUUCUUACAUUUGGGUUUGCUUUGAUAAGGAGUACAUGGUGACUGUAAGUACAGUUCUGUAAGCUACCUGGCCAGCAACAACAGUCGUCGUUAAAAAAAGGAACUCCUAAAACUACAGCCAAACCCUUUACCAGAUGUAUUGUGUAAAUUGUUGACAUAUCUGAGAAUUACAAUCAGAAAGACGAACAUAAAACUUAACCUAAAAUGGUUUCUCUGAAGCACUUAAAGGAAAGUCCCCCCUUAUAAGAAAGCUAAUCUAUUCAUUUUGUUCACAGUUUGUAACUGUGAUAAUUGAGUAUAAGCUUACACUGCCAUGCAGUUAUCAAAAAAAAAGAGACAUUUGAUUUAGAUUGAUUCAUGACAUGCCUUUUCUUUCCUGUCAAUAAUGCGGUUUUGAUGCUUCUCAGUUGAAUCUUGCUGCUUAAAGGGAUAUUUCACUCCAAAACUACUCAUCCUCUAAUUGUUCUAAACCUGAUUGAGAUUCUUUCUUCUGAUGGAACGCAGAGGAAGAUACAGUAUAAACCAUUUCAAUGUUACUGGCUCAUGAACAUUUCCUGCUUGUUGUCAAACUAUUUUGUAACUGUUAAAAGAGGGAAUCCAAUCAUAACUUGAUGUUAAAUCAGUUAUCAUAACGUUAUUUAUCCAGAUUUUAGAUUCUCGGAUGCUAUGGAAAUGAAAACAUGUAAAUACGUUAGGACCAUUGUUACCGUACGUUCACACCGAAAGCGGCGAGAGCGUCAAAGUAGCCGGAAGUCAUUCAUUUUC